AUGGGGCAGCCCAGACGGAGCAAUGCAUGCUGGGCGCCAGGGUGGGCUGGAGCGGGACAUACUGGGAGCACCCUGGUGGAGUCAGCCGUACGGGGGGUGGGGCUGGAAGGGGGGGUUGUGACCCCACCAUAUUCUGACCCCCCCCCCCGUGUCUCUCCACAGGCCCUGCCCUAUGUCGCCCUGCUGAUCGCCAUGAUCUUCUUCAUCUACGCCGUCAUCGGCAUGCAGACCUUCGGCAAAGUGGCGAUGCAGGACGGGACGCAGAUCAACCGCAACAACAACUUCCAGACGUUCCCCCAGGCCGUGCUGCUGCUCUUCAGGUGCGCCACGGGGGAGGCCUGGCAGGAGAUCAUGCUGGCCAGCCUGCCCGGGAAACGCUGCGACCCCGAGUCGGACGUGGGGCCCGGCGAGGAAUUCACCUGCGGGAGCCACUUCGCCAUCGUCUACUUCAUCAGCUUCUUCAUGCUCUGUGCCUUCCUGAUCAUUAACCUCUUUGUGGCCGUGAUCAUGGACAAUUUCGACUACCUGACCCGGGACUGGUCCAUCCUGGGCCCCCACCACCUGGAUGAGUUCAAACGCAUCUGGUCUGAGUACGACCCCACCGCCAAAGGCCGCAUUAAACACUUGGACGUCGUGACCCUGCUACGCCGGAUCCAGCCGCCCCUCGGCUUUGGGAAGCUCUGCCCGCACCGUGUGGCCUGUAAGAGGCUGGUGGCCAUGAACAUGCCCCUCAACGCAGACGGCACCGUCACCUUUAACGCCACCCUCUUCGCCCUGGUCCGCACCUCGCUCAAGAUCAAGACCGAAGGCAACUUGGACCAAGCCAACAAAGAGCUCCGGGCCGUCAUCAAGAAGAUCUGGAAGAGAACGAAGCCCAAACUCCUGGACGAGGUGAUACCCCCGCCAGAAGAGGAGGAGGUCACGGUGGGGAAGUUUUACGCCACGUUCCUGAUCCAGGAUUAUUUCCGGAAGUUCCGGAAGCGGAAGGAAAAGGGGCUUCUGGGGCCGGACGCCUCCCCCAGCAACUCCACGGCCCUGCAGGCCGGGCUGCAGACCCUGCAGGACCUGGGCCCCGAGAUGCGCCGGGCGCUGUCCUGCGACCUGGAGGACGGGGAGGAGGCGGCCGGGGAGACCCUGUGUGAGGAGGAGCAGCUGACGUGCCAGACCCCAGAGGGAUUGCUCGGCAGCAGCCCCGACCACCGCCCCACGGCGCCCGUCUCCGCCCCGGCCGAGCGGGGUGGGGAGCCCCUGGCCAAUGGGCUACUGGGGUCCCGGCGCCCCUCCUCUGCCAGUCUGGUCAGGACCCCCAACGGCCUCCACAGCUACGAGGAGAACGAGGGGGGGCAGGAGGAGCUGCCCGAGCUACCCCACAUCCCCAGCAGGCGCCGCAUGAGCAGGCGGAGCUCCGACGGGAGCUGUAUUCCCCCGACGGUGCAUGAAGAGCCCCCCCCCGCCGAGGAGAACGGCGAGGAGACGGCGCGGGAGCAAGGCUACAAUAGCCGGGAGGAGGACUCAGAGAGCCUGGCCUCUCAGGACAGGCAGCCGUGGCUGGGGGGCGCCCGGCUCUGCCGGCACCGCUGGGACGAUGGCUAUGGGGGGUCCCUGCCGUUGCCCCACCGACGCCUCUCCAACGCCCACCCGGAUGGGGGGCCGGGGGGCCGCCUGGCCAAGCGCCGUCGCCUCCUGCCCCCCACGCCCGCAGGCCGCAAGCCGCCCUUCCUCAUGCAGUGUUUGCAGCGGCAGGGCAGCUGUGAGGACAUGCCCAUCCCGGGCACCUACCACCAGCACGCCCCGGCCCGGCGCCACCCCCCCCAGGGCUACAGCAGCGCUGCCUCCUGGCACAGCACCAGCCGCCCCCCAGGGGACUCCUCGCAGGCCUGGGCCGCGCCCCCCAAGCGGGGCCGGCUACUCUACGCCCCCCUGCUGCUGGUGGAGGAGGGGGGGCUGACAGUCAGGGGCUGGGGGGAGAAGAGCAGCAGCCACAGCCUCCCUCCCCCCUCCCGCGCCCGCUGGGGGGCCCACGAGCCGGACCUGCCCUGGCCCCCCUAUGCCCAUCUCCACGUGCCCAGUCCCGGCUACCACGACCAGCGGGGCAGCGCUGACAGCCUGGUGGAAGCCGUGCUGAUCUCGGAGGGGCUGGGGCUCUACGCCCGGGACCCCAAGUUCGUGGCCUUCGCCAAGCGGGAGAUCGCCGACGCCUGUCACAUGACCAUCGCCGAGAUGGAGAGCGCCGCCUCCGACCUGCUGAGCCGCGGGCGGGGGCCCGGGGGCCACGGGGGCCCCCUGGGCAGCGAGGGGGAAGGGGGCGGGGGGCCGGGGGGGCCCCUGUACAGCGACGAGGAGCCGUUCCGCUCGCGGGCCGAGGACGAGCUGGCCGACGAGAUGGUCUGCGUGGCCUCGUAUUGA